UACUGUUUCCGCUUCCGGUCCGGUGUUACAGUCUGGCGCGCGCUGUUCAAAACAGCGGAAAGAAACGCGGGCAGAAGUAGCAGGAGAACCGCCAGGAACUUCAGCUUUACAGUAACAGUUAUCGUUUUGUGCAGCACCACAGGAACGCGUUCGGUGAAAUUUGUGAAAAAUGAUGCCGACAGCUACCAGGAAGAGAAAGCUCCCCUCUCUGGACUCUGACAGUCAAGCGACCAUGAAGGGAGUGAGUGAGAUGUCCCCGGUUAAGAGGAGAUCCCCCAGGAAGAAGCCAGUCGGGCGUCUUAACAGCGAGGACUGUCCUUCGCCACAAAAAUCUCCACGUGGGCUGACAGGCUCACCAGCCAAAUCACCGCGUAAAUCUCCAUACAAACAUACCGUUGUAACAAGCUCCUUUUAUGGCAAGAAGAAGCCCAUCUAUCUCACUCCACUAGAGAGGAAGGCCAUCAAGGAGUCUCUGCCUUCUCCUCCUCCUUCUCUUCCUUCCCCUCCUUCUCAGGAGAAAAAGAAGAAUAAGAAGAAUGUUAAAGGAAGCAGCAAGCCGAGAAAGGUGGCUGCAAAAUCUAAAACUGCGGGAAAGAUGGCGAUCCAAAGCUAUGCAACAGCUUCAAAGGCCAUCAAGCUGCCUAAACUCAACAACAGUGUCACCGUGAAACCGGCGGCUCCCUCUACAACCGCGGCUCCCACCAGCAGCACCAAGCCAGAGUACAAGAAAUCGAUCACCAUCUCUUUCAGUAGUCUGAAGCCCAAACCAAAGAUCUUUGUAGGAGCUGCUUUCUUCGGCACAGGGAAGAAACCCACGUCCAUGUACAAGAAAUGUGUACCAAAAUCCUCAAACAGGCCUGCUUCAGCCCCAGAGAAGAGCAAAGCUGCCCUGCCUCAGAAAAAGAGUGAGAAACCAAAGCAGCAGCUAACCGCUCCGCUGAUGAACCAACAGCAGAAACCUCCUGCAGAGACUGCUGUCCAGCCGAUGGAGACUAAAGAGAAGCAGCCGAGCACCAAGCACAGAGCAAAGUUUGAUCCAACAGACUGGCUGGACUCAGUUGACGAACAGCCUGAAACUCCACAGGCAUUAGGUUCUCCUAAGGUGUUAACCAAGAAAUAUGGGCUCACCAAGGAGCUGUUCAUUGUGUUGACAAGGACCCCAACACCAAGUCCUGCAUCCACAGCCUCACACCUCAGUGCUCAGGAUGAUUCUCUGGCAGACCUGAGUGACAUAAGUCCCACCAGUGCUGCUGCCAGUCCAGCUAGAGAAUCGGCAGCGUUGUAUCCCAUCUUUGGCUCUGCCUCCAAGAGGUCAAGGAAAGCUUUGCAGCCACCAGUGUCCAGCAGCACCCCCUCUGGCCCAAUAACAUCACUGCAGACUCCCUCCUCAGUCAAAGAGCGACCUGCUCGCAGGAGGAAAGACAAACAGGAUGACGAUCAGCUCAUCAUUGAUGCAGGCCAGAGGCAGUUUGGAGCGACAACCUGCAGCUCAUGUGGGAUGGUGUACAGUGCAGACAACCCAGAGGACAAUUUCCAACACACCCAGUUCCACCAGCGCUUCCUUGACUCCAUCAAAUUUGUGGGCUGGAAGAAGGAGCGGGUGGUGGCCGAGUUCUGGGAUGGAAAGAUUCUCCUGGUCAUGCCAGAUGAUCCCAAAUAUGCCAUCAAAAAGGCUGAGGACGUGCGGCGUGUAGCAGACAGUGAGUUGGGUUUCCAGCAGGUGACUCUGAGCAGACCCACACAGGCCAAGACCUACCUCUUCAUCAACACAGAGCGUAUGGUGGUGGGAUGUCUUGUCGCUGAGCCGAUACGUCAGGCUUACAGAGUCCUGGAGCAGCCGGACCGACAAAAAGACAUGACAAAGGACGACUUCAUGGAGCGACAUCGAGCCUGGUGCUGCUCCACCAUCCCAGAACAAGCGCUGUGUGGCGUCAGUCGGAUCUGGGUCUUCAGUCUGGCCAGACGACAGAGCAUUGCUACCCGAAUGUUGGACACAGUCAGGAGCAGCUUCAUGUACGGCAGCCAUCUAACCAAGGAAGAAAUCGCCUUCUCUGACCCAACACCUGACGGCAAACAGUUCGCAACCAAGUACUGCAACACACCAACCUUCCUCGUUUACAACUUCAUUGCAUGAAGUGUGUAGAGAAUAAAAGGAAAUUAAAAGGUGCAUUACUGUUUUAACUGACAUGUGGAAUUGUAAGUUCUACAGAAACGGAUCCUCAGGCAGAGCUUAAAUUGUCUUUUAUAUGCAGAGUAAUAACUGUUCAGGUUUUUAAUUGUUGAUUAGGACAGGCCUCAGUUUGUGUUGAGACUGUCUGAUAAGCUUUGGUUGUAUAAUUAUAAUACGUUCAUGUUCUGGAUUAAGUAGGUCUAGAGUUUUGAAAGGUACGCCUGUUCUCAUCAGUAUUUAUACUCAGUUCUGCUUUAUUUGCUGCUGAAUGUUUGUAUGUCAGCUGUGUUUUCAGAUGUUUUUAUUCUGCAGUGACUGAAAAAAAUUCAGCAUGACUUUCAUAAUUUGUUGUUCAUUUUUGUCUUUUAGCAUCUCCGAAAACUGAUACAUUAAUUUUAUUGUCCAGAUAGCUGGAGGUAUUCUGGAUGUCUUUGGAAGGAAAAUAUGUAGAUAGGCCUGUUGAAGGGUGGGUGCCGUUAUUGUUUGAGGGGCAUUCUACUUUGUAAAUACACUUAAUAAACAUAUUGCUUUUUGUUUUAUGACCCUA